GUCUCGUCCAGCGGCUGCCAUAGCGACGAGCGGUCGAAGGGGAAGCAAGAUGGCGGCGGCGACGACUUUGUUUCCGUUGCCGCCGUGAGGAGGAGUGAAUGAGCGCGGGGCUCCUCCUGGCCGCCGGGCGAUGUCGGACUCUGAGGAGGAGUGCCCCGACCGGCAGCUCAAGUUCGUGGUUUUGGGCGACGGCACCUCCGGCAAGACCUCUUUAGCCACACGCUUUGCUCAAGAAGCUUUUGGGAAGCAGUACAAACAAACCGUAGGACUUGACUUCUUUUUGAAAAGAAUCACACUGCCAGGAAAUGUAAAUGUUACUCUUCAAGUAUGGGAUAUCGGUGGUCAAACAAUAGGAGGCAAGAUGUUGGAUAAAUAUGUCUAUGGUGCGCAGGCUGUCCUUCUGGUGUAUGAUAUCACUAAUCAGCAGAGCUUUGAAAACUUGGAAGAUUGGUACAAUGUUAUAAAGAAGGUCAAUGAAGAGUCAGAAACUCAGCCACAUGUGGCACUGGUAGGCAAUAAAAUUGAUUUGGAGCACCUUCGGACAGUCAAGGCUGAUCGGCACCAUCGCUUCUGUCAGGAAAACCACUGCAGCAGCCAUUUUGUGUCAGCCAAGACAGGUGAUUCUGUCUUCCUGUGUUUUCAAAGAAUCGCUGCUGACAUCCUUGACAUCAAAUUAAACAGAGCGGAAAUAGAGCAAUCGCAGAGGGUGGUGAAGGCAGAUAUUGUAAACUACAGCCAGGAGCCCAUGUCGAGAAAAGUUACCUCUCCUAGAAGCUCAAUGUGUACAAUUCAAUGAAUCCCCCCCCCCCAUUUUUUGUAUUUAUCUCCUUUGGCAGUUAUUCUGCCUUUCCAUAGGUGUGUUGUUUUGUGAACGUUUCUCUCAUGCAGUUAGAGAUUCUGACCACUUACUACCCAUUUGUGAGUCAACAAGCAGCGGGCAGUUUCCUUGGCUAGCCAAGGUCUGGAUGUCUGAGACCACACACUUUGCAAAAAUUAAGAUAGAGAUCUACUAGAUGCCUAUAUUCUUGUGAAUGGUAUAUUUCCGUAAACUAGUGCAACUAUGUAUACAGAUGUCCUUUUACAGAUAUUGCUAGAAUAUUUCAGAGAAAAAGUAUAAAUUAUAUGACAUGAAAGGCAAUGCUUAAAAUAAACCAGUGAAGUUAAACU